CGUCAUCAGCAUAACAACUCAUGAUUUCUAUGUAUCUUGUUUCCAGGGGCUGGCUGAGGCAUUUUUAGACCAUCUUUGGAAAAAACUGCAUGAUCCAAACAAUCCUUCAGUGAUCAGGCAGACUGCUGGGAGUUACAUUGGCAGCUUCUUGGCAAGAGCUAAAUUUAUUCCAGUUGUUACAGUAAAAGCAUGCCUGGAUCUUCUGGUUAACUGGAUGCAUAAAUACAUUGAUAAUCAGGAUACAGGGGCUAAUGCUUACUGUGAUGUAGCUCUCCAUGGGCCAUUUUAUUCUACAUGUCAGGCGGUGUUCUAUACACUUAUUUUCCGUCAUAAGCAGCUUUUGGAUGGCAACUUAAGGAAAGGUCUGUCAUAUCUGCAGAGUUUGAAUUUUGAGCGCAUUGUCAUGUGUCAGCUAAACCCUCUGAAGAUUUGUAUACCCUCUGUUGUGAACUUGUUUGCUGCCAUUACCAGGAAAUACCAGUUGGUGUUCUGCUACACAAUUAUCGAGAGGAACAAUAGGCAGUUCAUACCAGUUGUUCGGAGUGGCACUGGGGGUGACCUUGUGCAGACAUGCACUAACCCACUUGACAGUUUCUUCCCCUUUGAUCCCUACAUACUCAAAAGAUCAAAGAAGACUAUUGAUCCUUUUUAUCAGUUUUGGGAAGAGCUGAGUGCUGAAGAUCUUGAGAAUCUGAAGAAACCCAUUAAAAGGGGUACUUCUGAAGAUGAAGAUGAUGACUUUUUGAAAGGAGAAACCCCUCAAAAUGAUGGUGUGGUUGGAAUUGCUCCAAAUUCUUAUGAGUCAACUACCCGGAGCCCAGUGAGCAGCAUUGGCUCCCCUCCAGACUGUUAUGUGCCGUACCCUCAAUGACGUGGAGAAUUGGAAGUGAAAAGGUUGAAAACUGUGUGCAAUUUUUUGCUCUGUAAAGAGACUUUAGCUCAACUUUCCAAACUCGCAAAUGUUUAAGUAACUACCUUUAAGAAAAAACAUUGUUUCUUAAUUAUCAGAUUUCUACAGAUAUGUUAUGAUAAAGUCAUAUAUUGCUAGAAAAGCCUAGAGAAUAAAUAGGGUGAUAUUUUACAAA